AUGACGCCCCCCGCCAUCAUUGCGCCUUCCAUCCUGUCGGCCGACUUUGCUCAGCUGGGUCGCGAAUGUGCUCGCACCAUGGAGCAGGGUGCCGACUGGCUCCACGUUGACAUCAUGGAUGGCCAUUUCGUCCCCAACAUCACGUUUGGAGCCCCGGUCGUUGCCAAGAUCAGAAACCACGUCGACAAGCCAACCCACAAGCACGGCAAAGGAACCUUUGACUGCCACAUGAUGAUUGCCGAGCCCAAGAAAUGGGUCAAGGAGUUCAAGCGCGCCGGCUGCGACCUCUAUUGCUUCCACUACGAAGCUGCCUUUUCGACCGCCGCAGAAAGUCCCGAGGAGACGUCUGACAAGAAGACGAGCCCAAAGGAACUCAUUCGAUACAUCCACGACAACGGACUACUUGCAGGCGUAGCCAUCAAACCGGACACGCCUGUGGAUGUGCUGUGGGAUAUUCUGGCAGCUACCGAUGCCAACGAGAAGCCAGACAUGGUUCUUGUCAUGACGGUGCACCCUGGGUUCGGUGGCCAGAAGUUCAUGGCCAGCGAGCUCCCCAAAGUGCAAGCUCUUCGAAGCAGAUACCCGGAGCUGAAUAUCGAAGUCGACGGCGGCUUGGGACCCGGAACCAUUGACCAGGCUGCCGGUGCCGGUGCCAAUGUUAUUGUCGCCGGAAGUGCCGUUUUCGGCGCCAAGGAUCCGUCCGAAGUGAUUUCCCUGCUGCGCAAAUCGGUGGAAACGAGAUCUGGGAGGCUUUGA